AUGAAGUUAAUAUUAUACUGGACUGCGGUAUUGUCAGUUUUCCUAUUUAGUUAUGAGGAAACUGAAGUCUCAUGCCAAGCAGUUCUCCCAUACUACGGAGGUGGUCUUUCCUACUCAGACAACGACGAUGAUGACAUAGGAAUCCUACUAACAAUAUUACUUUUAGCCUCAAGAAACCGAGGCAAUAACGGCUGCUGCAACUGCUGCAACUGCGGUACCAACAACAUCCCCAUACCAUACCCUAUACCCAUCCCAACGAAUAAUCCUAUCAUCACAAGGUAUAGCAGAGGCGGUAACGAUGAUGAUGAUGAUGACGAUGCCAAGACAGGAGGAGGAAAAGAUGAAAAGCAGCCAGAACAAGAAAUAACUAUAGUUACUGAUAAUCAAGAUAGCUCAGGCAGUUCAGCUGGGGCUGCAACUAACACAAAGAAUCUUAGCAAUAAUAGCGCAAGUAGCCAAAGUCUUGCACAAAGCAAGUCCUAA